AGCUUCGCCCGCACUCCGAGCCGCGAGGACGUACGCGAUGUGGGCCGUCUCCCGCCGGCUGCUCUGGGCGGCCGCCUGCCUGGCCGUGCUCUGCGUGCUGGCCGUGGAGCCGCAGACGAGCCCCGCGGCUCCACGCGACGGGGACGACCCGCUCGGGAAUGUCUCCACGACGGCUCCGGCGCCGACGACCACCCCGCCGCAGCCCGCCCCGACCAACCACUCGACGCAGCCCCCCACCACCGUAGCGCCAGGUAGGCUCGGGUGCCGGGCUGCCCCCCGCACACGCACAGACACCCGCGAGCCUCCGCAGCCCGCCGAGCGCCGACUCCCCGGGGCCCAGGCUCGGCCGCGUCCGGGCAACAUGGCGGCCCGGCCCGGGCGAGGAGCCCGGAAGUCCGGUCCCGAGGCCCAGCCGGGCCCCGCGGUCUUUGGGCUUGUGCCCCAGGGGCCCCGCGCUCGGGCUCCACUGGGCCUGGGAGGCGCCUCUGUCCCUCGCUCUCCGCUUCCGGAAGUGGGUGGAAGAGCCCAUUGGGCGCCGCCGUGGGGGGAUAUCUGUGAAAGUCACAACAGCUGCAUUUCCUGUUUUACUCCUAAAAGUGAUAAUAUCACCUGCUUUUGGAUUAAAUGUGAUAAUAGUAGCUACUGUUCAAGUAAUUCAACAGCUGGUGAUUGCCAAUUAGUGAAUAACACAGAAUCCUGUUCUGUGCCUACCACCUCUCCAUCACCAACUAAUUCCACAGCUAAACCGACAACUCCACCUUCUUCUCCGACUUCUGCCACAGCUACUACUUCUGCCACAGCUACUGCUACAUCAGGUACAACUAAUACCACUUUAACUCCAACUUCACAACCCGUCCGGAAGUCUACCUUUGAUGCUGCCAGUUUUAUUGGAGGAAUUGUCCUUGUGUUGGGCCUGCAGGCUGUAAUUUUCUUUCUCUAUAAAUUCUGCAAAUCUAAAGAACGAAACUACCAUACUCUGUAAACAUCUGUUAAAGUAACAAAGACUGGUGUGUAACCCACUGAAACCAAAAUGUUUUAUUUCUCAUUAUCCCACAUGGAAGACAUUAUUCCAGGAUCUUUAGAUUUACAAAGAUACAUAGAGGAUAUUUGGAGCAUCAUCCUUGAAGAAAAAUAAUUUAAAACCUUUAUCUCAACUGGAAUAAUUAAGAUAUUCUGCAUGAGUCCUUGUGGUUGUCUUCUUCAUUUUAAAUGGCUGCUGUUGUGGGAUUAUGUUUUCUUCUCAACAUGCCAAGCGUAACUUUCAGUAAAUGAUGGCAGAUGUUAUGACUCUUUUUUGGCAGUUUUAAGUUUAGUCAAUUUAAUUAAGCCUGAAAGCUGCAUUAUUUUCAUCCUAACUCAGGCUGUAGUUUAGUGAUCAGAAUUAAAAAAGACUGUGCCAAGUGAGCAUCAGUCAAGUAGAUUUGGGCUGAUUAAAUUUAUAGAUUUAGUGUCCUUAGCAUAAACUAUAUCCUUAAACUAAAAUUUUGUGCUUGAUAACAUUUUUCUACAUUAGAAAUAAGAUGACAUACAGGGAGUUACAUUCCAGGUUUAAAAAAAUAAAAGGAUAUGUAAAAGUUUAGCAGAUAAUUGUUCAUAAUUGUAAAGCACCUUAUAACAUGGAGAAAAUAAAGAACUGUGCCUUAAAAGACAGAAUGAAAGGUAGGCUAUAAUUUAAAAUGUUUGUGAUUUGCUCUUUUACUUACCUUAGGAGGGCCAGGAUUGAAUGUGUAACUAGUUAAUGAGCAGUAGAAAACUGCUUUUAGAUAUCAUACUGUUAGUAAUUAAAAGUUACCUAAUAUCUCAGACUUGAGGAAUUUAAGCUAAAGGAUAUUCUACAAAACUAAAAAGCCUUUACCUGCUGAGCCUCCCAUAUUUUUCUUACGGAUGUUAAAAAUAUAUAGAGAUAAAAAGUGAUUUAACUAUAUAUUUUUUGUGCUUCAUAGUAUUGUAAUUUGAAGGGAUUUUCACCAAGCUUUUUUUUUGAAAAGUAGCUCUUUUGUGAGGUUAGAAGGAAAUAAGGUGUUAUAGACACUCAAGACAAUCAUUUUAAAUUUUGAAGCAGCAGAUAUCACCAGUGUAAUUUCAGAAAAUCUUAAGGGUUUUACUUGAUCAAAACAUAAUAGAUUUUCUGUUGAUUGCCUCAAAUAAAUAAAUUGUGCUUUUUUUUCUUUCUCAUUUACUAUCUUCCUCCCAUUUCCAUAGUAUAAAUAAGCAUGCAUACUUAGAGGGAUACUUCUCCCUUGCCUCUGACACAUUGGAUUAUUCAGAGGCUUAAAAUUUGUAUUUGCUUUUCUAGAUUAUGAAAGAAUUUUUGGUUAGUUUCUUUAGCCUAUAGUGACUGAAUGUAGCAAGCACUUGGUUCUUUUUUUUUUCUUAAUGGUAGGAAUACAAUUUGCUUUGGUCCACUUCGUAUACUGAAAUUCCUUUUAGAUGAUUGUUUUAAAGGUUCUCAAAAUGAAGAUUUUCUUUUUCUUCGUUACUUGCUGGUACAGCUGAAGUUUUACUUGCACAUUUGUACAUAAACCUAAUGUUUUCAAGUGCCUUAAUUGUUUAGAACUCUGGCUUCAAAGGUUUUGGGGAAAGGGUAGGUUUACCUCACAUUUUGUGUUUUCAUUAGUAG